AACCGCUCUGCCUCUGCGUCUCAAUCAGCUCUCCUUCAUCCAUCUCUCUCUCUCUCUCUCUCUCUCUCUCUGAUCCUCAUCCAUCAGCAGUGCAGGAUCAUGAAUGGUGAUUAAUAAAGAACGCCAGGUCCAGUGGGGAGAGUACGGAGCCGUUAGUAGUGUGUGUGUGUACGUGACCCUGGCCCCGUGAUGAUGAUGAAAGGCCUUUCCAGCAGCCGCAGUCACCACCACAUGGUGGCCUGCGAGCCUUCGUAUGACCCUAUGGGUCACCACGGUGAUCGCAAGCCCUACCUCAUCAGCCAGAUCGAGGCUCCACCUCCUCCUGAUCAUCCGUAUUACUCGUCGCGGAGCUCGUACCAGCCGGAUUGUGUGGUGCCUUACGGGACCUUCCCGCGGCGCCACUACAGCACAAGCCAUGAGCCUAAAGAAGAGUGUGCUGUCGUGCCCUACACGGGUGGAAUGGGGCCUCCGGGAAAAUGCCAACGAGUGCCAGUUAGCCUGCUGGAACAUCUCGAUCGGCAGCUUCCAAUGGCACGGGAUGGCUAUCACACACUGCAGUAUAAACGUGCAGCGGCUGCUGCGGCCGCUUUAGAGCAGCGAAAUGACAGUCCUGGGCGUAUCCGGCACUUGGUGCACUCGGUGCAGAAACUUUUCACCAAGUCGCACUCGUUAGAGGGGCCUCACCACGGUGGACAUGGGCACGGACACAGUAAGAGCAGUAUGAACGGAAGCAAAGCCAGUCCAGACGGAGAGAACACGCCGGCGCCGACACCACGGCAGCGCAAGCGGAGCAAGAGCCGCGAGCGCUGCAAAUCGGCUGAGCCCAAGCAGCGGACACCACCCUCGGGAUACUGGAGCUCGGACGAACUGGAGCGGGACGUCUGCCCUCUGCGCCAUGCCGCGCCAGGCAUCAUGACCGUGGGACGUCACCCGGAGCGGGCGCAGUCUCAGUACUUCCUGGAGGCGUGCGGAGCAGAGCCGACGCUGAAGAAUUCACGCAGCAGCAGCGACGUAGCCAAGUGCACGUCGUGCGCCAUCACGGCACCGGGCACGGAUGUGGCACAGCUGGCGAAGAAGAGCGCAUGGUCGUCCUCUCUCACGGUGAGCAGGGCGCGCCAGGUGUACCAGCAGGCCGCUGUAAAUCUAGAUAAGGCGCUAGUGAAAGCAGAAGCUUGUCAGCAGGAGCGCACAUGCCAAUUCUUGCAGGUGCCUCAGGACGAGUGGGCGGGGUUCCCCAUGGGGAAGGAAGAGGACAUCCCGUGCAGGCGCAUGCGCAGCGGCAGUUACGUUAAAGCCAUGGCCGAGGACGACAGCGGCGACUCGGAUGGAAGCCCCAAACCGUCACCCAAGAUGCAGGCGAGACGAGCCAGCUACCUCAAAGCCACGCAGCCGUCACUCACCGAGAUGACCACGCUCAAUAUUUCUACAGAACACUCCCCGAAGCUGCAGAUCAGGAGUCACAGCUAUCUGCGAGCCGUCAGCGAAGUUUCCAUCAACAGAAGUAUGGAGAGUCUGGAUCCUAAAGCUCUCCUCGCCUCGCCUCAAUACCGCUCGCGCAACGAGAGCUACAUGAGGGCUAUGAGCACCAUUAGCCAGGUGAGCGAGGUGGAGGUGAACGGUCAGAUCGAGGCUGUGUGUGAAAGCGUCUUCAGCGAGAUGAACGCUCAGGCGGUGGACGCUCUGGACUUGCCGGUUCCCGGAUGUUUCCGGAUGCGGAGUCACAGCUACGUACGCGCCAUCGAUCAGGGAUGCUCGCAGGACGAGGACGGACCGUUACUGCCCGCAUCACCGCCACGGACCACCACCACGGUCCGGACCAUUCAGAGCAGCACGGUGUCGUCGUGUAUCACCACCUAUAAGAAGACGCCUCCACCGGUGCCUCCGCGCUCCUCCACCAAGCCCUUCAUCAGCAUCACAGCUCAGAGCAGCACCGAGUCGGCGCAGGACGCCUACAUGGAUGGCCCAAGUCAUCGCCAUGGCGACACGGCACUGCACUCUGCCCUCAGUAACUCCACAGAGAGCAUCGACAGCAUGAAGGCUCUGACGGCCGCCAUCGAGGCGGCGAACGCGCAGGUGCAUGGCCCCGCAAGCCAACACGUCAACUCCAGCAACACCGCCGGCCACGCCUCGCCCCUCCCCCUGCCCCUCCCCCUGCCCCUCCCUGUCCCCAUACAGGUCCCCAUACAGGUCCCUACACUAGAGGAGGCACACAGAGACGCUCUGCGCAAGGGCCGGUGUCUCUCCAUCGGCAUACAGGUGGACGGCCCUGAAGAUCAGGAGGCAGAGGACCAGUCGAAGUUUCAGUCAGUAGGGAUCCAAGUUGAGGAUGAGAGAAGUCAUCGCCGGAUCAUGCGCUCCAACAGCGUGACGGCGGCGGUGCAGGCCGACCUGGACAUGCCCGAUUUCUCACCGACCGAGUCUCCGGACGCCGACGUCACCUUCUCCCGGGACGCCACGGCCUCCACGGUGAGCAUCCAGGGCUCGGGGAACCACUACCACGCCUGCGCCUCGGACGACUACGCCUCUGUGGGCUUCGACCCGUCCGUGCUGCCGCCCCCCGAGCCCUGGGUGGACAGCGGCGUUCCCGAGGACCCGCUCCAGAGCGCACGGAGCCGCUCGGUGUGUCAGCGUGACGGACGCUGGUUCCUCAAACUGCUGCAGGCUGAAGCCGAGCGCAUGGAGGGCUGGUGCAGGCAGAUGGAGCAGGAGGAGCGGCACAACGAGCUUCCCGACGACAUUCUGGGGAAGAUCCGCAGUGCAGUAGGCAGUGCCCAGCUUCUCAUGUCUCAGAAGUUCCUUCAGUUCAGAGAGCUGUGUGAGGAGAACCUGAACCCCAACGCUCACCCGCGACCCGUGGCGCAGGAUCUGGCCGGCUUCUGGGACAUGCUGCAGCUCUCCAUCGAGAACAUCAGCCUGAAGUUCGACGAGCUACACCAGCUCAAGGCAAACAACUGGAGACCCCUCGACCCCCCUGAAAGAAAGGAGAGGAGGUUGCCUCCCCCUGUGCCAAAGAAACCGGUGAAGUGCCAUCCUCCGCUGGCGCGAGAUCGCUCUCUCGAGAGUUCGGAGAAACAGCGGCAGGAGGCUCGCAAACGCUUAAUGGCAGCCAAGAGAGCUGCCUCUGUGCGCCAGAACUCAGCCACCGAGAGCGCAGACAGCAUCGAGAUCUACAUCCCUGAGGCCCAGACCAGACUCUAAACACACACACACACACACACUCACACACACACACUCACUAUACUGCACUCGCGCACAUUACUACUGAAAGCACAAACACGCCAGCCUGGUCUGAUUCAGAGGGAGGAGCGCCAAUACAUAUAAACACACACACACACACACACACACACACACACACACACACACACACACACACACACAUAAAAACACACAACACAUCACAUUACAUUAUGUUGGUUAUCAUCUCAUCUGUUAAAAAUAUGUCACAAUCUUCCAGUGAUAUAAAUUUACUGGCGAACAUAAAACAAGUUCCUCAGUUCCACUAGUGUGGGCGUGGCCUAUCGCUGCUCAGCUGCUUUUCAUCAAUAUGCAUAAAUGCGGUUUUCAUUUUCUAAAGUGACCCAGAAACGCCGUUAACGUCCGCUGUCUUCAACUCUUCGUAUUUUUUAAUUCAAAAAAUAUUCCCAGAGUUUACUUGAAGCCCCUCCGACACGGUUUAACCCCGAACUGCCUCCUGUUCACUACACAUGCUUACUCCGUACAGAGGGUUUAACGUACUAGCAUAGCGCGCUAGAUAUUCAACAGACCUCUGUUUGAGUUUCACAGAUAUACCGUAUGUUGCGUUAAUUAAAAGAACAUAGUCUUUAGUCUCUAAUUAAACAGCACAAAAUUAUUUUGGUGAAAAGUUCAGUGUUAUCAUUAGAUGUAGGUUUAGCAACUGAAAGUAGAUCAUGGGUUCUUAAUCGUUCAAAUCAUUGUUUUUCUUUUUUUUAUAUAAAUAUUAUCAAUAUUUAAAUAUAUUUUACUAUAAUUAUUGUACACAAUUAAAUCCGUUCUGACGUGAACAAUAUUGAAUCACACUGUAUCAUAUAAUACUGUAUCGAAUCAGCUCUGAAUCAGAUCAUUAACUCUUUUAAAUGUUAUACAUCAAAUUAUCGAUUGCAUGUUCCACUCAUGCACACACUUCACUAUUAAACACACACACACACACACACACACACACACACACACACACAGUGCCCUGGCGCUGAACGGAUGGGCGGAGUGUUUGUAUAUAAUCUGUGAUAUACCGUUCCUCUACUGCUACCAGGGAUACCACAGCAGGUCUCUGGGGUUUUUUUAUUUUAUUUUCCUCUCUGAUUUGUCUCUGAACUCUUCCUCACCGUGUAAAAUAUCCCUCUCCAUCUUUCCGACGCCUCACCCGUCUCCUGCUGAAGCCUGGACCGCUUCUAAUCUAAUCUAAUCUAAUCUAAUCUAAUCUAAAGCCCUUGGAACCUUGGACACUCAUCAUCAUACACGUCCCACUCCACCUUCCUGCCUUGGAACAGACGGACCUGCUCGUCCGUAGCACGGCUCAAGUCACGCGCGAGAAAUCGGAUCUGAGGGCGAAGGUCAAGCCAUGACCUCACCUACUUGGAAACGCUGCGUUGGAUUCUCCCACAAAUGUGAAGGUGUUUUAUGGAAUGAUCUGGCCAAAGACAUCUAAACUUCACCCCAAACGUCGUCAGUCAGACAGUUUCAGUGUCUUUAGUUUUUUAGUUGCACUGGAGCUACGACGCUACUCUAGCUAACGUGUCACCAAGAAUCUUUCCCGUGAAUAAAUACCUGUAGUUAACAAACAUUUUAUUAUGCUUUCUAAGCUCCGCCUUCAGGCUUUCGUUUAAGAGGCGGGUCCAAAAGGGCAGAAAGAUACCAAAGGGCUUUUUGAGGACCACACCCGGGUUACUGUGUUGAGCUAGCUAGCGACGUAGGGUUUAGUUAUGUUAAGCUACUGCAGUAAGAGCUUGUUAGUGUAACAGUAGCUGACGAUCGAGCUAGCUAAACAACUUAGCUUUGUUUAAUACACUACCGUAUAGCACUUAUGCUAAGCGGUGGUCGUAUUCAGACUGUAAGGAUUCGCCUCGGAGGCGUGAACUACACACGGGUGAUUUUUUUAAUAAUCUGCACACCCGGAAAAUUGACUUAAUCAGGUGCGUAAACCGAUUCUGAACAGGAUUCUGUGACUUUUGGACUUAAGUCGCCAACUCGCUAAUUUAUACUGCAGUGACGGCUCUAAUUUAUUUCAUAUCAAGCUCGUGCCAGUUAGCUUGUUGUAGCCGAUAGUCUAAAGAGUAGGCUGUGGUUUGAGUGAUCCUGACUGUUAGCUGGAUUAGCCUCAUGUCUGACUGACUACAUUAGCGGUAAGUUAAAUUUUUUCGCCAAAUUCUUCCUUUAACACUUUAAACGAACAGACGGAAACUUCCGGUUCGAGUUCAUUCGCCUUUCUCUCCAUCAUGUGACUUUAUAUUUCUAUAUUUCCAACUGCAUUUUUCCUUAAUUGUAAUGUUUGGGUGAAACGCAGCAGCAGGACAGGGUAUGUUAUGUUAAAAAGCAAUAUUUCAUUCAAAAUCAGCGUUACACUGAUGACGUCGAGGCCUACUGCGUGUAAAAGUUCGGAUUAUUGCUAACGAAAGAAGAUGCCUUCACUAUUCUGUAGCCACUUCUGUUUCCUCUACUGUCGCUUGCUAUUGUAAACGCUUCUCAGUGACCCCGCCCCUCUCGAGGAAAUGUGUUCUCUGUUUCAAACCCUGUGACACGUUUAGAAACAUAUCGUUUAGUGCAUAUUAUACCGAUUUACUUCCUUUUUUUAAUGUAGAAUUCAGAUCUUUUAUGGAUAUAAGCCAAUAGCGGUGCUUAACGUAGCCCCGCCCCCUAAAAAAAGAAACUUUAUCAAGUGUUUAAAUGAGAUGAAAACUAUAAAGCGCAAACUUUUCAUCGGUCAAGUUAAGUUCGUCCUUCUUAUAGCCUACUACCGUGUUUAGUCUUUUUUUUUUUUUUUUUAAAUGUACACUGUAUUGUCGCCCAUUGGGGGAGUGGCUCUUGGUCAUGUGACUCAGUUUGUCCAAUCCUGCCAGGUGGGCCGGACUUAUCUCAGGACGAAAUGUAGACGCAGUGGGCGCAGCAAAAUCAGGGUCUCCCAGUGGUCGUGUUCUGUGUUUCUUGAAUGUGUGUGUGUGUGAAAGGAUGCGUGAUGCGUAUGUUUUAUUGCGUGUACGUCUCGAAAAGUGCUUCCUAACUUCGUUUCUGUUCGGAUGAAGUCGAGUAGCCUCCUAAAUCUGUGCACACGACCCUUAUUUUAGUCCGUAGUGUUUGUACAGGAACUUUACGACGACACGCAUGCAGACCUGUUACCAUAGAAACACUGUAUAUCCUAUUUGUACUUUAAAUUCAUGUAUGUAUUUAUUUACUUAUUUAUUUACCUUUUUAAUGUAUUUAUUUAUUGUUGACUUUCUUUUUGUACGGUUUGGAUUCUGUUCAGUGAUCGGUCAUGCUCCCUUCAUUUCGUGACUAUGUUGUACUGUAUGUAUAGACAUGAUGUGUGCAGACAGACGACAAACACACAAUAAAUUCUGCAAACUUUUCUUCCUCUCGCCGUCUGUGCGGUGACUCACGCCAUACACGCUUACAUCACUGAUGUGGAGGAAAGUGUUUAUCUAUAGCACCUGCUCAUUCCCUCAUCUACAGUGCCCUCCACUAAUAUUGGCACCCUUGGUAAAUAUGAGCAAAGAAAGCUUUGGAAAAAUUGUCCUUAUGGAUUAUCAAACAAUCGAAAACAAACACAGGUUUAUCAAAAAAAAUAUAUAUACAUUUGUUAAAUAUAGGUGUGCAACAAUUAUUGGCACCCCUAUGAAUUCAAGACAAUUUUUCACAGCUUUCUUUGCUCAUAUUUACCAAGGGUGCCAAUAUUUGUCGAGGGCACUGUAUAAAGCUUUGCAAUUUCAUCUGCUUGGUUCUUAGGGAUUUAGUCUUUAGCUUUUAGAGCUUUAUGAUGUUUCCUGUAAAGCUUCCUGAUGCCAUUUGCUUGUUCCCUAGCUGCUUGGCCACUGGCUUUUAAAACUUGCUGAUAUUAUCUGCUAGGUCUAACCCCUCAGCCCCUAACUCCUCAACCCUUCAUUGUUCAGCCCCUAACUACCCGACCUAUAAUUGCUUCCUAAGAUCUUCCUAAGAUGCCUAAUGUCACCUGCUUGAUCACAAACAGCUGAAAGCUAGUGUCUUCUACCCAGGUCCUAACUUUCAUUGUUGAUGUUAGCUUCCUGAAAUGAUGCGCUCUGUCAAAAACGUCCUGUUCUAACCUGCUUGGGCCGUAGCUGCCUUAUCCUUAGCUGCUUAUUCCCUAGUUGCUUGGUCACCAGUUUCCAAAGCCAGCUGAUUUUCUUUUCUCAUCUGGGUGUCAUUAACGCUCAUUAAAGUACUGAAGACCCGCUUUCUCAGAGCCUGUACAGGACACAGCUGCAAUUCUGACUUCAGACACCAGAGGGAGCGUCGCUGAGCUCGAGUUCCCUGUAGAGCCUCAUGCCUUCUCUAAAAGCCUAGUGGACUGUGGAGUUUUUAUUGCUUUAUCAGAACUGAUUACUGACACAAUUAUCAAGAACAGCAAUUUCAGAUAAAUAAAAAAAAAAUCUUUUUAUUAGCUUCUUAAGGGGGACAUAAUUGGAACCUUUAAAAAAAAAAAACUUCUAUUAGAUUCUGACUCGGAAAUUUUAGGGGUUCUGAAGGA